AUGGCGUCCAUCUUCGUUGCAUUAAGCUCUUCUCUCAUCUUACUAGUAGCCUUCCUCGUCUCAGCCCAACUCUCUCAUUCUCACCCCUUAGACUCCCUCACUCCCGACGAAAUCAAACAAGCUUCCGCCAUAAUCAAAAGUUCCAACGUCCUCUCCUCCAAAACCCUAGCUUUCCAUCAAAUCUCCUUGCACGAACCAAGCAAAGACGCCGUCCUAUCAUGGCUCGAGAACUCAAAGAUCGAGCCGCUGCCGCCACGUGAAGCCUUCGCGAUAGCUCGAGCGGACGCCGAAACGCACGAAAUACUCGUCAGCUUGACGAACAAGACAAUCUUGUCUCAGAGAAUCUACACCGGCGCCGGCUUCCCGAUCCUAACUGGGGACGAAAUGAAAGCAGCCAACGCGCUGCCGCGGAAACACAAGCCCUUCCUCGACUCCAUUAAGAGGAGAGGUGUUGAGAUAGACGACGUGGCUUUCAGUACCUUUACAGCCGGCUGGUUCGGAGAGGAAGGGAAGAACAGGCGGACGAUUAGGGUUUUGGCGUUUCACAGAGGCGGAUCAAUUAACAUCCAUGUUAGGCCGAUUGAGGGGAUAAUUAUAGUCGUUGAUCUUGAUAAGAUGGAGAUUGUUCAUUAUUCGGAUGAAGGAGAGGUUGUGGUGCCGAAGGCCGAAGGGACGGAGUAUCGAGGGUCGCGGCUGAAGCCGCCAUUUGUAGCGUCAGUGAAGCCGAUAACCAUUGUUCAGCCCCAUGGCCACAGCUUCCGAGUUUCAGGACAAGAGAUAAGCUGGGCAGACUGGAGUUUCCACCUCCGGCAUGACGUCCGGGCGGGCAUCGUCAUCUCUCUGGCUUCAAUUUUUGACAUCAACAGAGGCCUGAGCCGGAGAGUCCUAUACAAAGGGCAUCUCUCCGAGCUCUUUGUGCCUUACAUGGAUCCUACAAACGAGUGGUACUACCGGACCUUCUUCGACGCCGGCGAAUUCGGUUUCGGCUUGUCAGCUGUUUCACUCCAAAGAACUGUUGAUUGCCCUCCAAACGCUGUCUUCAUGGAUGCUUACUACGCCGACCAAGAUGGGAACCCAGUCCAAAUCCCAGACGUUCUCUGUGUGUUUGAACGGUAUGCCGGAGAUGUUGCUUGGCGCCACACUGAAGUGGAAGCUUCAGAGAAUGAGACAUAUGUAGAGGUUAGACCAGAGGUGAGCUUAGUUGUCCGAAUGAUUACAACUGUUGGUAACUACGACAACAUUGUAGAUUGGGAGCUGAAGCGAAGCGGCUCUAUCAAAGUUCAGGUGGCCCUAAGCGGCAUGUUAGAAGGCAAAGCAACGUCCUACACCCACACAGAUCAAAUCGAGGAGGACAUCUACGGAACCCUAGUUGCAGAAAACACCAUAGCUCCAAACCAUGACCAUUUCCUAGCAUUCUAUCUCGACCUCGACAUCGACGGCAGACAGAAUUCUUUCGUAAAACACAAGAUAACCAAGAAAAGAACAGAUGGAAGCACCCCAAGGAAGAGCUACUGGACGGCGGUUAAAGAGGUGGCCAAGACUGAAAUGGCUGCAAGGGUGAACUUAAACCAGCCAGCUGAUCUAGUUAUAGUCAACCCUCAAAAGAAAACAAAAGUGGGAAACCUAGCCGGAUACAGGCUGAUUCCGGGGUCUCCGGCUUCUUCUCUGCUAUCCGACGACGAUUAUCCACAGAUCAGAGCUGCAUUCACCAACUACCAAGUUUGGGUCACCCCCUAUAACCAGUCAGAACAGUGGGCCGGCGGGUUAUAUGCUGAGCACAGCCAUGGGGAUGACACAUUAUACCUAUGGAGUAAUAGGGAUAGGGAUAUUGAGAACAAGGACAUAGUGUUGUGGCAUGUGUUGGGACUUCACCACAUUCCCUCCCAGGAAGACUAUCCGGUGAUGCCAACGAUCUCUGUUGGGUUCGAGCUUCGGCCUACGAAUUUCUUCGACAACAAUGCCAUCCUCAAGAUGAAGCCUGAGGGCCCAGUGAUCCUUAACUGCACCAGCAUCACUACUCCCUAGCUACAAUUAAUUAAUAAUUAAGAGUAUAUCAAUAUUAAGUUAAAGUAUCCAUCUCUAUCAUCACGUCUACGAAAAUAAGGGCCAUCUUCCGGCGCCUUGCUUCAAUUAAUGUCAUAAUAAAGAACGUACAUUUGUACUUGAAUGCUCAUGAAUUAUUUGAUAACAAA